CCAAAUACUGAAAUAUAUCUCAGAAGCACUGAAACCGAAGAAACUCGCCUACGACGACUACAAAGUCACAUUCACAGUUGCCCGGCACCAAACCUCGUCAUUGUCCUUGAAGAAACAAUCAGAAUAUGAUCAUAUGCUCGAGUGUGUGUUGAAAAUGAAGGCUCCUGCAGCAAAGAUUGUCAUCGAGGCCUUGAAGAAACCUGAUCCACUAACGAAACGAAAACACGGCGAUGACUCGAGUGGGGACAGCGAUGCAAGUCAGGGCACCGAUAGCAAGAGUGAUAGCAACACCAGGAAGAAAAAGAAGAAGAAGAAGAAGAAGGACCCUAGUGAACUCCCACUCAACAUCGAGCUUUCAGCGCAGAUGAAGCUCUUGCAAAAUCGAUACGCGUGCAACAAACCUGGCUGCCUCAGUUCUGGCUAUUGCUACAUCCUACCUGACAAUAGUGCCCAUUUCACACUCUCUCAUCGGCAUAUAUCAGUAUGGGCAGCUGCACUGGCCGCUAAACCUCCAAUUACAACAAUCGAAAAACCGCCCAACCACAAAGAAUUCGAUGGACUAUCAUCAAAUCUCCUAUCCGACACUGCUCCAUUGAUCCAGCGCCAACUCGCUCAGCGAAACGGCACACAAUCUGCCCCAUCUGCAUCGAAUACUCUGACAAUCAAUUUCAAUGUUCCAAACGACUUCUUUAGCUAUCUACGACCUGCUGCAGCACCCACCCUCCACCAUAUUGCCAACACACACACCAUUGACAUCCCACUCCUUUCUGUCUCUGCAAGGCCCGGUCCAGACAUGUCCCUCGCAGACUUCUGCAUUGCAUUUGAACUCUCGCAGGACAUACUCACCAAACUCGCUGACAAUGGCUAUACGGGGAUGCGAACCAUCAGGUAUAUCAUUGUUUCUGAGCUGAAGGAGAUGGGUUUCAAGAACGGUGAAAUCACUGCAAUGAAAGACGCUGUCGCACGAUGGGCUAUGAAGGACUGAUUCAGACUGAUUCUCGCAUAGAAGUUCAGAUUGCUCUGUAUUGUUAUUGUCAUGUACUUGUAUUGGGACACAAUUUGAAAGCCAUGAACUAGAAA